AUGAGUAUGCUUAUAACAAACAUUAUACGAGCCUGUUCCACAAAACGAUUGUUAUAUGAAGUAAAGUUAGCAAAUCAAACUGUCAAGAAAAUCAAGCCGCCAAUGCAUAAGGAUAAACCUCUGAAGAUGGAAGAUCUAACUAAAGUCUACUUGACUCCUUUACCGGAUUCUCCUUACGUGAAGCCUUUCCGCUUUAACUACGUGCAAGGAGGCAAGGAUAAGAACUGGGAUAUGCUGGCGGUGCACGACAGCGUCGCUAUCAUAGUUUUCAACACCACCAAAAACGUUUUGGUAUUCGUCAAGCAAUUCCGACCCGCUGUGUACUUCAACUGCAUACCACCAGGAGAACGGGAAGCUGGGGAAAUUGACACAAGCAAGUACCCAGCCUCAUUGGGCAUCACUUUAGAGAUGUGCGCAGGCAUCGUAGACAAGAACAAGUCUUUGCAGGAGAUAGCCAAGGAGGAAGUUUUAGAAGAGUGCGGCUAUGACGUACCGCUCAAAGAACUGCUACAAAUUGCGUCAUACAGGGCCGGUGUCGGCGUUCAGGGCUCGCUACAAACAUUAUUCUACUGUGAGGUCACCGACGACAUGCAAAUAGGAAAAGGUGGUGGCGUCGAAGAUGAAAUCAUAGAGGUAGUAGAAAAAACAAUACCAGAAGUAGAAAAAUGGAUAUCCGGUCCGGGACCUCUGAACACUCCUCCAUCUUGCCUAUUCGCAUUGAUGUGGUUUCUACGACACAAAGCUGACAAAUACAGAAAGUAG